AAUCAAUUUCUUGGGAUAAAAAGAUUACCUUGGAUACUGUUCUGGAACUCAAUCUUCAACUAUCAUGAUUAUUUCAUCAGCUGAAGAUACAAUAGCUCAGUUAGAAGACUCUCAAGUAACAAUUUCAACAAUUAAGGGCUCCUGCUAUGUUGGACCAAUUAAGAAUCUUGUGGAUGGAUGGGAUCGUAAGUUGAAUCUUUUUGCUCACACUCUGGAGGAAUGGUUACUCUGUCAAAGGAACUGGAUUUAUCUUGAACCAAUCUUUCAUUCUGCAGAAAUACAAAGGCAGCUUCCAGAAGAAGCAACUCUUUUCUCUCAGGUCAAUAACAAAUGGAAAGAGAUCAUGGUACAUACAGAGGAAGACCCAAAUGCUCUUAGGGCAGCUACAGCUGCAGGAGUCCUUGAGAUGCUGCAGACCAACAAUGCACAUCUUGAGAAAAUACAGAAGUCAAUUGAGGAUUAUCUUGAAAUUAAGCGAAUGAUUUUCCCAAGAUUUUACUUUCUCAGCAAUGCCGAACUUCUUGACAUUUUAGCUGAAAGCAAAAAUCCUGAUGCUAUACAGCCUCAUCUUGUAAAAUGUUUUGCAAAUAUAAGGAGGCUAUAUAUACGCAGGCAUGAACAGAACCCUACAGUGGUGGUGAUGAUCAGAUCUGCUGAAGAAGAGACUCUUCAAGUGCCAAAGAGUGUUCGUGUCAGAGGUCCUGUUGAGCAGUGGCUAGGAAAUGUAGAGAGCAGUAUGUUUGAUAUGGUAAAAAGAUUUGUAAACCUUGGAAUCAUAGAGUGGAAUAAAGUGAAAUUUAAACAGUGGUUUCUGACUCAUCCAGGACAAGUGGUACUCCUUGUGGCCCUAGGAAAAUUCUGUGUGGUUUUUAACUGUUUUGAAGGUUUGGAUUAUAAGAUGAUGGGAAAACUUUUCUGUGGACUAGUUCAGUCUGGAGCGUGGUGUUGUUUUGAUGAAUUCAAUCGAAUAGAUAUAGAGGUUCUCUCUGUAAUUGCUUCACAGCUUCAGACAAUCAAGGCAGCAAAAGAUAGCCAUAUUGUCAGAUUUGUAUUGGAAGGAAAAGAAAUCCGUAUCAACACAACAUGUGGAAUCUUUAUUACUAUGAAUCAGGGAUACAAAGGUCGUGUAGAACUCCCAGACAAUUUAAAAUCUCUGUUUCGGCCUGUCUCAAUGAUGGUACCAGACUAUCAACUCAUUGCUGAAGUAAUGUUAUUUUCAGGAGGUUUCAAAUCAGCUAAAUCAUUGUCUGGGAAACUAGUCAAGCUUUAUCAAUUAGCUAGCAAUCAGUUGUCACAACAGGAUCAUUAUGAUUUUGGUAUGAGAGCCAUAAAGACAGUGUUAGUGAGGGCUGGAGAGAAGAAACAAGAGUUAAAAACAGAAAAUAAUCAAACAGGUCUUCAUGCAGAAGAAGAAGCUCUCGUUAUAAUCAGUGCUCUGAAAGAAACCAAUUUACCCAAGUUUCUCACAGAAGAUGUCCCACUGUUUGAGAAUAUUAUGACUGAUCUGUUUCCAGAAAUUGUGGUUCCAAAUACAAAUACUAGCAGACUAGAGAAAGCAAUAGCUGCUGCAACACAACAGCUGUGCUUGCAGCCUUGGCCAUCUCAAAUAGAGAAAGUUAUACAGUUUUACAAUCAAAUUCUGACUCGAGUUGGUGUGAUGUUAGUAGGCCCUACAGGUGGAGGGAAAACUACUGUUAGAACAAUUUUAGAGACAGCUUUGGUACUUUUACCUACUGUACAUUUGGAAAAAAAGUCUAAUACUGAUCCAGUUUUGCAGAACUCAACAAAGAAGGGAAAAGUAGAAACCUUUGUUAUAAACCCUAAGUGUGUCAGUCUUGGAGAGCUCUUUGGACAGACUGAUCCUAGCACCAUGGAGUGGUCUGAUGGACUGUUGGCAUCAGCAGUUCGAACAUUUGCAAAACAUUCCAUCAAAAAACCAAAAAAAAAGGAGGCAAAUACUGAUGCCACCUCAGAGAUUCAGGACUGUUAUACUUUGAACACCUUGGAACAAACCAAUUCUUCAGUGGCAGUAAGAAGCAAACAAGCAACAACAUUUCCUUAUAAUGACU